UAAUGUGAAAUUGUUUACAUUUCAUAAGUACAUAUAAUAAAUUCUAUUUAUUACUCGUCUUAUCCGGCAUGUUUUAUUGGUUAUGUUAACACACGAUGAAUCGACGUUAUAAAACAUUUAAUUGAUUACUAAUACAACAUUGGCAGUGUUAUUACAAAUGAUGUUAAUCAAACAGAAGUUGAUCCUUUACUUUAAUCAAAGCGAUUCAUUAUCAAAAAUGAUUCGUAAUUAGAAAUCUACUUUGAGACGUAACAGUUCCUUCGAGGCAGUGAUGGCUGACAAGGGGCUGAUAGCAGCGAUCGUUCAGUUUUUAACCCAGCAGUUAAAGGCUAAUAACAUUACAGUAGAUUCUAGAGAGAGUCUUGAAGUAGCGAUACAAUGUUUAGAGAGCGCUUAUAAUAUACAGGCAUCCGAUACACCAAAAAAUUUUAAUUUACAAGAAGUAUAUACAUCUAUCGUCAAAAAUGGAAAACCCCAAUCAGCUGGACAAACUGCACCUGAAGCUACACCCGAAGCAAAAGCCGCAGCUGAACGUUUAAAAAAUGAAGGAAAUGCUCUCAUGAAAGCUGAAAAACACCAGGAAGCACUUGCUAGUUAUACAAAGGCAAUUCAAUUAGAUGGCCGCAAUGCAGUAUAUUACUGUAACCGUGCAGCGGUGUAUAGCAAAAUUGGUUGUCACCAGCAAGCAAUUCAGGAUUGUCAGACUGCAUUAUCUAUUGAUCCCACUUAUUGUAAAGCAUAUGGUCGAUUAGGCCUAGCAUACUCCAGUUUGGAGAAGCAUAAAGAAGCUAGAGACAGCUACGAGAAAGCUUUGGAAAUGGAGCCUGAUAAUGAAAGUUAUAAAAAUAAUUUGAAUGUUGCAGAAGAAAAAUUAGCACAGCAGAAUUCAAACCGUAUAGGACUAGAUUUACCUCUAGACAUGGAUUUCAGUGCACUCUUGAACAAUACUGCUAUCAUGAAUAUGGCACAACAAAUGCUAUCCGAUCCAGUUAUGCAAAAUACAGUAAGCAACUUUGUAAGUGGUAAUGCAGGACAAAGGCAACGUAUGCAAGUACUCUUAGAAACUGGCUUGCAAUUAGCACAACAGAUGCGGAAUGCCAACCCUGAAACGAUUGAAUCUAUAAGACAACAAAUGGGAGGAAAUCCGAACGACCCUGAACCGCCGCAACAGAAUUAAAAGAAUUGUGAUCGUAAAUUGUUAUAAAGGUCCUAUGAAAAUGGAAACAACUAAAUUUAAUUGAAACAUAGAAUAGUCACAGGAUGAUGUCUGUCAUUUUUUAAUAUGCUAAGAAAAAACUUAUAAUUCAAAUUAACUUACAUUACCAUGUUAAAAUAACAUUCAUAUAUAUACAAUAUAAAAACUUAUGUAUAACUUACUUAUCAAAUAAAACAUAACUUGUUUUUUGAAUAUGUA